UCACCAGCUUCCCCGCCGCUUCAGAACUAACAAUUAAUGAAAGGUGCAUAAAGCUAUGAUGGACCUGUAUGGGCACUGUCAUAAAAUGCUUGUCUCUUAUAUAUAGAGCUCCGCCUUCCGCUCCGACAGAAGCACCUGCGUAGUAGGCCUCCGCCCCAAAUCAACCCCACCUAAUAGCAACUAGACACUGUUUGUCGCCAUUAUGCAACCGAUCCGCUUGUGGAUGGCCGGUCCCAAGGAGUCGGCAGGUCCGAACCCAUGGAAAGUCCUUUUUAUUCUGGAAGAGCUGGGUCUUCCAUAUGAGCUCAAAGUAAUACAUAUAUCCACGGUCAAGUCACCCCCUUUGACCGACCUCAACCCCAAUGGUCGAGUUCCGGUGAUUGAGGAUCCCAACCGGGAUCUCGUCCUUUGGGAAUCGGGCGCUGUGAUUACCUACCUGGUUCAAGAGUACGACAAGGACAAGAAGUUGACACAUGCUGGGGGAAACGAGAUCCAUCAUCAGAAUCAAUGGGUCUACUUCCAAACCAGUGGUCAAGGUCCUUACUUCGGUCAAGCAGCAUGGUUUAAGAUACACCAUCCUGAGCGUAUUCAAUCUGCCAUCGACCGGUACCUGAACGAGAUUCAUCGUGUCCUUGGAGUCUUGAAUAAGGCGCUCGAGGGUAAGAAGUGGCUUGUCGGCGAUAAGAUGACGUUUGCCGAUAUGGCCUUCGUGCCCUACAAUAGCCUUCUUCACCUCGCGUUUGGUUGUGAGCCAGAUGAGUCUUUGAAGAACUAUCCCAACGUCGAAGCCUGGCAUAGACGCAUGUUGUCGAGAGACUCGUGGAAGAAGAUUAUGGAGUUGAAGAACACCCUAGAGAUCAAUACGUAAGUUCUUGUUGUCAAAUAGUGUCUACUGGAGACGAAAUCGAUGUGGGCAUGAAUUCAAGGCCAUCACGUCUACAUUGAUCUGCAAUACUUCAAGUCGCGGUGCCUACCCAAAAGCGGGGCCUACCCAAAAGCAGGGUCGCUGUUUUGGUCCAACAUGCCAAAACCAACCCAAACUAGUACGAGAAAAGGCUCUGUGAUUGCAAGGUGUC